CAAACUCCAUUAAUGAUGGUGAAAUAAAGGCAACAAAAAGGGUUAGAACAGUUUCAAAACACUGUUUGUUCAUGCUUGUCUAUUCCAAAAAUUUACCUUUCUUUUGAGCUGUUUGGUGGUAGGAAAAAUAACUCAGCAUUCACUGCUGCUAGUUUGCAGUUGACUGGUUUUUGCAUGAAUGAUAUAAAGAGCCUUGAUGGGUCAGGUUUUAUAAGUGCAACAAUUGAUUUAAAUGCUUACCCAUUUUGAACUCUCAUUCUAAGAGAGCUUCUUAGUCACAAAAAGAGAAGAAAAAUACCCAAAAGGAAAAACAAAAUGUCUUGUUUUUUCGUUAUAUUCUUUCUCUGUUUCACAUUAAAUAACCUGAAUCUUUCACAAGCUAGGCCUUUGCAGAACCUUCCCUCUGCUGUUGUUGUUGGUACUGUAUACUGUGACACAUGUUUCCAAGAAGAUUUCUCAAAGAACAGCCGCUUCAUUUCAGGAGCAUCUGUUGCAGUGGAAUGUAGAGAUGAGAAUGCAAAAAAGGGAUUUUACCAAGAGGUGAAAACAAAUAAUCAUGGAGAAUUCAGAGUUCAUCUACCUUUCUCAGUUAGUAAACAUGUAAAGAAAAUCAAGAAGUGUUCAGUCAAGUUGAUAAGCAGCAAUGAGCCAUACUGUGCAAUAGCAUCAACAGCAACUUCAUCAACUUUACAUUUAAAAUCAAGAAAACAAGGGAUACACAUUUUCUCAGCUGGGUUUUUCAGUUUCAAGCCUCAAAAUCAACCAAAUCUUUGUAACCAGAAACCUAGUAUUCAAGAUUCUAAAGAACUCAAUUCCCAGAAAAUUUCAUCAAUUCCUCCUUUUAGUACUCCUAUUAGUAACCCAAUAUUUCCACCUCCACUUGAAGACCCAACAAUCCCUAAUCUUCCUCCGGUUACUCAAAACCCUGUCCCACCAGUUCCUACAAUUCCUCUACUUCCAAAUCUGCCACCGUUGCCUCAACUCCCUCCUCUGCCAAAUCUGCCACCACUGCCACCACUACCACCACUUACACCGUGGCCUGGCAAAACCACCACCACUACUUCUUUGAAAAAUAACCAAGAAUUAGAUCAAACAGAAGCCAAACCUAAUUUUUUCUUUCCACCACCAAUUUUUCCACCAUUAUUUCAGCCACCGCCAUUGUUCCCUCCAUUGCUUCCUCCAAACCCACUUCAGCCUGCUCCAUCACCAUUGAUUCCUCUACCACCAAUUCCAGGCUUAACUCCAUCACCGCCACCACCAGUCUUUCCAUUUCCAUUUCCAUUUCCUUUCCCCCCUUCACCACCUCCAAGAAUCCCAGGAAUCCCUCCUGCUGCUUCUUCUUCUUCUUCUUCUUCUUCAAAGAAAACAUCUCCUUGACUUAUAAACAGUAUCCCGUAAUUAUAUAUGACUGUAACAUUAUAUCCAAUAACUAUGUCUAGAAAAAUUAGGCCAAUUUUUCUUUUUCUUUUUUCCUUCACUAUUUUUCCUGUCUAUGUAGAAAAUUAUAUAUGUUUACAUAAUAUGAUAUAUGGUAAUGGGAUUGGCAGAUUGGGCUUAAUGUUCAAUAGUAGUGUGUUAAUUGUCUUUUCUUGUUAACGAGAGUGAAAUAACAGAGAGUUAUUGUGGCUA